UGUGUGGGUGGUGUUGGUCUGUCUGGUCUUUUGUAGCAGGCUGUCAAGCAUGGAUGCUGUUCCCCUUUGUACAAAUUUUCAGGGUGGAUGCCACGUCCUCUCUUUGGCCAAUCUAUUUGAUCGCGUUAUUCAACACUCAGCCAGGAUGCAUGGUAUUUCAAAUGACCUCCACUCCGAGUUUGAGCUUUACUUCUUGCCCAAGAGUCAGAUUGGCCGGGUCACUCGCAACUGUCAUACCUCUAACAUCCUUACACCAAAUGGCAAGGAGAACGCUCAGAGAAUGGCGAGGUCGGAUCUGACAGAAGUGAUUCUAAAACUCCUGGUGGCAUGGAGAGAUCCUCUGUGGCAUUUUCAUCAGAGCAUGGCUCACCACCAUGACUUCAAUAACUUCAGCACCAAUAAAUCUCUUGAAAUGAGUGACAUGGUGCAUGAGCUACGGAAAGGUGUACAGAAAGUGGUUGAGAAGAUGCAAAUGUUGGGAAUAAUAAGUGACUCUGUGAGCAACAUGGCUUCUCCUGAGGCUAGGUUGGCAUCUCACAGUAAUGGAUGGCGCAUCAUGAAAGACUAUGACCUCCUAUACUGCUUUCGCAGAGACUCCAACAAGGUGCAGAACUACCUCAAGAUCUUAAAGUGUCGCAUUGUUCCUGAAAAUGGGUGCUAA